GCAUGCACGGGUUUCUGGAUCAACAUCUCGCACACCCACUGCAGGGGAAAUAGAGGCUCAGGAGGAAGCAUGAGUUCGCGACUGGUUGCAGGGGCAAUGGUCAUUGGCUUCGGGAUCCUCAAUGGAUAUAUGAUCUUCAAGCCUGCGUUCGAAGAGAUGGAAAUGGAGAAACUGAAGAAAGAGAACGAACUGGCCGCGAAUCUUGGGCCUCAUCUGAUUGAGAUACCGGUGCAGACCAUCAAUUCGUCAUCAAGGCAGCAAGCGAGCCAAACUGGCUGAAACAACCCCCUUCCUCCGUCGCGGGCCGCCCACGA